UCCUCUUCAUACUCGGGCCAAGUGUAAAGAUGGCGUCCAUUAUGGAAGGGCCGCUGAGCAAAUGGACUAACGUCAUGAAAGGUUGGCAGUACCGUUGGUUCGUUUUGGACUACAACGCUGGAUUGUUAUCUUACUAUACGUCCAAAGACAAGAUGAUGAGGGGAUCCAGAAGAGGCUGUGUUCGGCUCAGGGGAGCCGUUAUAGGUAUUGACGACGAGGACGAUAGCACUUUCACCAUCACGGUGGACCAAAAGACCUUUCAUUUUCAAGCCCGUGAUGCGGACGAGAGGGAGAAGUGGAUCCACGCCUUAGAGGGGACCAUUCUCAGACACACACUUCAGCUGCGGGAGGCUGAAACGGGGUUUGUUCCCAGCGUUCAAGAUUUCGACAAGAAACUUGCAGAGGCUGACGCCUACUUACAGAUUCUGAUUGACCAAUUAAAACUUUUUGAUGAAAAGCUUAAGGACUGCAAAGAAGAUGAGCCGCGCAGAAAAAUUGAGAAUCUGAAGGAAACCACCUGUAGUAUGGUAGAAUCAAUCAAGCACUGUAUUGUACUGCUGCAGAUUGCCAAGGAUCAAAGUAACGAACAGCAACACGCAAACGGACUGAUAAGCACCAUCAAUCCGGUGGAUGGGAUUUUUCAGCCCAACCCCCUGGAGUCCUCUGUAGUCAGCACCAUGCCUACCCAGUCCACCCUCCCCACAGAUAAUGCUCAGAUAUGCAAGGCGGAGCAAAGGCCGUCCUCUCUGCCCGUUGGGCCGGUGGUUACCGUGGUGAGCAGCCUGCAGACCCCGACGCCCAACAGCACAGAUGAAAGCGCUUCGGUUUGCAGUAAGGAAACACGCGGCAGUGAAAACGGCGGGGCAGGAGGGGAAGAGCAGGGCCGUGACGAGACUGGCAGUGGGCCUUCCGGUCCCAGUAGCAGUGUCACCUCGCCGAGUCACAUAAACCUCUCCUCCAACACGGUCCCCGACUUCUCCUACUCCAGCAGUGAAGAUGAGUUCUACGAUGCCGACGAGUUCUACCAGAGCAGCACGUCCCCCAAGCACUGCAUGGAUUCCUCCAGGACUGCGGCUGCCUCGCCUCACACUGGUGCAGAAACAGCCCUCAAACGACCAGACACCAACGAUUCCCUCGACUCCUCCAUGUCCAACGGCACCACUGAUGCAGACCAGUUUGACAGCCACGAUGACCGCGAUGAUGACGGCGAGGGCGAAUCAGUGGAGGAGCACAAGAGCGUCAUCAUGCACCUGCUGUCCCAAGUGCGACUGGGCAUGGACCUCACCAAGGUGGUCCUACCAACAUUCAUUUUGGAGAGGAGGUCGUUGCUGGAGAUGUACGCUGACUUUUUUGCCCACCCGGAUUUGUUUGUUAGCAUCGCGGACCAGCUGGAGCCCAAGGAGCGCAUGGUGCAGGUGGUGAAGUGGUAUCUCUCAGCCUUCCAUGCGGGUCGCAAAGGGUCCGUGGCCAAGAAGCCCUACAACCCUAUCCUGGGAGAGGUGUUCUUCUGCCACUGGGACCUGCCCGUAGAGUCUGAGGAGACCACGUCUGCAGUGGCGAGUGUGGUCCCUGAGCCCAUUUCAGAGGGCCCGGUGCCUUGGUGUGGGGCGAACAACGUGUCCUUCGUAGCCGAGCAGGUCUCGCAUCACCCCCCGAUAUCCGCCUUCUACGCCGAGUGCUUGAGUAAAAAGAUCCAGUUCAACGCCCACAUCUGGACCAAGUCAAAGUUCUUGGGCAUGUCUAUUGGGGUCCAUAAUAUCGGCCAGGGCUGCGUGUCCUGUCUGGAGCACGACGAGCACUACAUCCUCACCUUCCCCAACGGCUACGGCAGGUCGAUCCUGACUGUGCCGUGGGUAGAGCUGGGUGGAGAGUGCAACAUCUCCUGCUCCAAGUCGGGCUACAGUGCCACCAUCACAUUCCACACAAAGCCCUUCUACGGCGGGAGGAAGCACCGGAUAACGGCUGAGAUUUUUGCUCCCAAUGAUAAGAAGUCCUUCUGCUCCAUCGAGGGAGAGUGGAACGGAGUGAUGUACGCCAAGUGGGCAUCAGGGGAGAAUUCCUUGUUCAUCGACACAAAGAAACUGGGCAUCAUCAAGAAGCGGGUGAGGAAGCUGGAGGACCAGCUGGAGUAUGAAUCCCGCCGGAUGUGGAAGGACGUCACCGUUAACCUGAAGCUCAAAGACAUCGACGCAGCCACAGAAGCCAAGCACCGCCUGGAGGAGAAGCAGAGGGCUGAGGCCCGGGACAGGAAGGAGAAGGAGGUCCAGUGGGAGACCCGGCUGUUCCACGAGGACGGGGAGUGCUGGGUGUAUGAUGAGCCCCUACUGAAGAGAACGGCAGCACAACGGCACUGAGCUACACCAAGGCCCCGGAUGCAAAACAAGAGUCUUAAUAAGAACUCCUUUACAAACCACUUCUCAUCCAAGCCUUUCGAUGACUGCGAAUAGAAUAUGUACUCGGCUCUGCAUUUUCAAAAUAAAAAAAAUAAAUUAAAAAAACCUCCAAAAAAAGAAAACUUCUCCAAUAAUAAAAAAAAAAAUGUGUUCCGCCAACCCCACAUCCGCCACCUCCACCUCCCCACCCCCCUUCGGGAACGAGCAGGAUAAAAACAGGACUGGGAGCGCCUCACCACACAAACAAGCACCCGCAGUCUCACAGGGAGGGCCGUUCCCCCACGGAGGGGGGUGGCGGCGCUUAGAUCCAACAGACCUUGAAAACGACAGCGUUCUGUAUCUCAGGGAAACUGGGCACUGAGGAAGAAGGCUGGAUCUGCAGAAGUUGGAAGGCCUUAUUGGUGGAACCAAAGGGGGGGGGGGAACAACCUGGCUUGCCUACAGCUUGUUAUAGCUGUACAUAUAAAUAUAUAUUUAUAUAUAUAUAUUAUAUAUAUUAUUCUUCUGUUCGGUUUCAUUUUCUUUUUUUCCGGCAAUAGUAAUCGUUUAAGGAUAUGAGCUCACCGGUCACACAUCAGGAACCUCUUGCCCCCUUACUGGGAAAGAUUGACCUGUAUGUAAAUUGGAUGUUCUUCUGUGUUAAUUCCAGCAGUAAUUUCACGUGUACUGAUGAGGACCAGAAGACCUGCAUUCGCGAGAUUGAUACGCGCUGCGCGGUAACUGUGGUUCUGUUUUCCCACCCUCCAUGAGGAACGCAGUCUGUGUGCAUAAGUGUGUAGCUGCACAGGGCCGUCAGAAAGGCUAGGCUCAUAUGAUCCAGCUUGGUUUGAAUAAUAAACUGACCUUCCUGAAUUCCUGUUGUACACCCUCUUUAAGUCCACUGGAAAGCACAGUGGCCUGCAUUUUGCCUUUUAUGAGACUUUUGCAGACUUAGCCAGUGCUUAUCCUCAAAGGUUAGGACAUUAUUCUGCCUAAGACCUUGGCAGUUAUCUGUAUAUAUAUUUUUCCCCUUUGUGACCUCAAUAAAUCACAAUAGACCUUAAUGUCCACGUGCUGCUGUUUUGGAAGUUGUUUGGGCGAUGGAUUUAGCCCCAUUGGGAAAAUGGGGUAAAUGGAGUGUACAAUUAGCGGGGUGACCAACCUUUUAAUCUGAAGGCUUUGGUUGCAUCAGCUCUUUCAGUAAGUAAAUGUGUUAAUAACCCAGAACUGGAAUGGUUUAUGAGCGGAGCGUGCCAAGUCCUGUACUGGGGAGGGACUCUUGGUCUUAUGAGAAGCGGCAAUACUCUGGUAGUCUUUUAGUGCUGAUUACAUCUUGUGCACAGAAUCUUAUAGUGAAGACUCAAAAAUGAUUACCUGUUUUUAAUCAAACCUUAUAAAUAGCCAAGCUGGAUUUUUCCUUUGUUUCAGUCUUAAAAUGGGCAAUAUACCUUUUCUUGGAAUGGAAUUGGCAGAGAUUGUGAACUAAAGCCAUUAUAUUUUGUUUUUCAUGUUGUUUUUGUAAAUGAAUAUUAAAUUGAGGCCUUGCCAUUCAUUUCAAUAUCACUCGCUUGAAAAGAGCAAUCAAAAUGUAUUUUUUAUUUUGCAUUAUUUCAGAUCAUAACCAUUGAUUGUACCAGAUUCACAUGUUCAUUGAAGCAGAAUAUUAAACCUCCAUAAAUUUG